AUGUGUAACAAAUCUCCACACCCCCAAUCGAAGCCCAAUUCAGUCCCUACUUUUGCCGCUCCUCCAUCUUUACAAAAGGUUCAUAAUUACGAUGUUUUAAUUAAAGAAAAGCUCUCUAGUGAUUAUGGAAUUAACGAUAUCGUCAGCUACGUCGCCAGAAGAGAGAUUUGUGUUUUCCAGUUGAAAUCAGAAUUUGCAGAUCCAACUGCUGCAAGUAUCCCGGAAGGAUCUACCGCAGAUCCUACCAUGGCACCAUCCACUGUGGGUUUUAAUCAGUUGAAAGAUGCUAUUGAUAACAUUAUUAAUGAUAACAAACUUCGCCUAAAGCUUAUUUCUGCCACUAUAGUUGACGCUGAUACCAUCUUCAACGGCUCUCGCCAUCCUCCUGUGGUACAGCAGUUACAAAAACGGCCCAUUGGUAUCGUUUAUUUGAGUUUUUUACGGGCUAUCAAAUGCUUCAUCAUUCACAAACUAUCUAACUGGCACAGUCUCUUUGAGGGAAACACGCAUGGUUUGUCUCUUGAUAUGGUUCCCUUUGGAAAUCAGUUGCUUACUUCUUCAACAAUUCAUACUGUCGCUGUCAGUGACGAUUCCGAUGUCUCCGCACCUAAACGAAAGCGGAAACUAUUUGCUUACUCUAUAUUAAAAGUUAACCCUUCACUAAACAUGAGAAACGAUCUCAUGGUCAACUUAGCUACCUCCAGGAAACUUUUCUACAAAUUAUCCGACUUUCUAAGUAUUCGCUGUGGCUGCAAUGCCGAGCUUCUUGAUCGGAAGAAGAAUUUUGUCGUCUACAUGUGUCCAUCCGGUGUCAGAUGCUCCUUUGCAAUAAAUGGUUCGUUUUGCAACUCCAUAUGUGAUGAACCUCCGUCAAGUGAUGUGUUAUCCGCUCUUCUACAAACUUAUGCUAACAUCGAUUUGGUCCAAGACAUGGCUACUCAGCCACUUCAAGCUAGGAAGUGGGUCAAAUUGAUGCCUAGUCUCAGUCACGUUAAUGGAAUGACAGAAAGGGUUGCCACCUUCAUUGACUCUGGUUCUAACAAGGACCGGUUCAUUGUUUGGCCCAUAGAGUUAUGCUUUAUUCAGUUUUCUACCGACGCAAAGGUGCGUCCGGAGGAUACUACUUAUGAGAUGAAUUAUCCUUUACAACUCACAUGUCAAUUUAUGGAUUUGAUGGAAGAUCUUGAGAAGGAAAAGAAGGGGAUAAAGGAGGAAAGCCCUGUGUUUGAUCCACAUGCGAAGUUGGAAUCCAUAAAACUUGAGGGUAUAUCUCCAGAGAAAAUCCAGAAUACUGAAGUCGAUCAGCCCUCAGGAGGAGUUUCGUCUUUCUCUGCGGCUCCAGCUCCAUCUCCAGCUGCUGUUGUGUUAGGUGAGCCAACUGUUGAAUCUACUCCUAUGCCCGGGACUCCUUCUACAUUUAUAUCGCCUGAAGAAUAUAAAGAAAAGGAAAAAGUCGAAGAGGAUGAGGAUGAUUGGAAUGAACUAUUUGGUGAUAACGAUGAGGAAGGUAAUGAUGAUGAAAAGUCUGCAGAGAAUCAUAAAGAGUUGGAGAAAAACUACGUGCAUGAUGUUACGGAUACUGAUACUAAGCCUGUUAUAACAGAUGAUGCUAGAGACGCAGCCUCGAAGUCAAUACCUACAUCCAUAUCUUCUCAGCAUUCAUCAAGUCAGGUAGAGGUUUCGCCUCCUCUAAGCCAUAAAGAGGACUCAUCUCCUGUGGCACUGUCGCCUCGAACAAGUCCACUAUAUGCAGAUCCUGGUGCACCUGAGCCGAUUCCAUUUCCUAUAUUUGCUGCUCCUGAAACACCGGAAUCACAGGUCGAAUCUCAGAAUGAGGACACCAAGAGGUCUGAUACGGGGUUGUCGACUCCUAUUGAAUCUGGUAGAUCAAUAUUUGCUCCUCUUAACUUCAAUCCGCUGAUUGAAAAGAAUAUUGACAGUAAGUAUUCGAGCGGCGGUAAGUUCUUUGUGAAAUCAAACGAAAAGACAGAUGGUAGUGACUUUGGUACAAAUUCUGCAGCUACCAGUGAUUCUGUUCCGUCUUUCUUAAGAUCUUCCCCCUCAUCUGCCAGAAAGCGUAAAUUUGAGGACGAUAAAGAAGAUCUAAUUUCAGACAGUGAUGAAAUUGACAGUAGUGCCGUUGAAAGUUUUGAGGAGAGCGAAGAAGAAGUUUCUGACGUCAAAAAGUCUGGUUCUAGUCCUAACCAUGAUAAGAGUGUUACUGAUAAUAAAAAUGCAAGUCGGCUUGGUCGUGGUCCAGGUCCUCGCGGCAUUAGAAGGGGAGGUAAUAAUGAUGACGAAGGAGAAGAAAACGACGAUGAAGGAGGAGAUGGUGAUGAUGAUGAUGAUGAUUCAGAAAUGGACGAUUUUAGUGAUUCAGAUCUAUCAGUGACGGCACUGAGCACAGAUUUAGUUACCAACAAUGAAAUCAAGGGUUCUGGUUUACUUGCCAGCCCUAUAAUGCCUCAGGCUGCUCUGUUCGGAAGAACAAGUCAGGAUGCCAGCAAUUGGAUAUUCUGGAUUCUUCGAGGUCCAGCGACAUACACGGUUCCGUCUCACUUUCUUGCUGGUAAGCGUCUUUCGCUGCCAAAAAGCAGACUUGCCUCAGUCAUCCCAAUAUUGCAGGAAUUUUUAUUAUAUUCGCAGCACGAUCUUGAAAGCCGAGAGCUCAACUCAUUAAUCCAGAGACGUGACUGUCCUGCAAUGCCAGACUUUGAUGUCGAGUUUGUCCUUCAAAAAGUUUUUCCUGGAGUACAGAGGACACAUCUUGUGGAUAUGCUUGAUGCUUCCCCAAUAGAUCCCGAAGAGAGGGAGAAAAAGGCAGAACCAUUUGAAUGCUUAUUCGGCAUCAAUCCACCAGACCAGUUGGGGGAAUAUUUCAAACCCGAAGUCAGCAAGCAAAUGGAAUACGACGAUCCCACUUUCUCGGCAGCUACUCCGAUGGGUCAGCAUUCGCAGCAGCCGACUCCACAACCAAGGCAUGCGGCGGUGCGAAAGGUGUCUAAGGGUAUGGCAGUAUCACCCGAAUCGAUGUUUAUUAUUCCCCCUACAGUAUUGAAUUUGAGGAGACUUGGGGAAGAAAUCAAGAUUAAUGAGGCUAGUGUGCCAUUCUGGAAACCAUUGAACUUGCAGGUAUUGCACCAGAAAAAGAAUUUUCAAGUCUUGUUUGUUGUGCCAAAGCCCUCCAAUGACUUUUUCAGGCAUUGCUUAGAUCGGUUUCUGGAUACUCUCAUACAAUCAUACCAGACGUGUGGAUUGGGUAAAAUAAGCAAGGCUGCUGACACGGGACUAAUGGAGAUAGAAGCUUCUACGGAUUCUCGUGAUAGUUAUUGGGCUAAGGUAAUGGAAGAUCUUAUUAGUUCAGCACCCAAUUUGCAACAGCAGAUAAUGGGAGAUAUGCAUCAUACAGAAAAAAUGCAUUUAUUGGUUCUUUUUGCCACUCCCUUCAGAGACUUGGUCUCUUUACUACAGAUGAGUACUAUCUGUGCUGAGUUUAACUCCCGUUUGAUCUUGAAAUCUAUCUCUGUAAAGGAAGAGAAUGGUCGCAAGAAGAGACGGAAGGCUGAAUCCCUGCAAGUGGUUAGGCUCCCAAUCGCCUUGUUUUACAAGGCUGUUUCAUUGGACACGUUUUAUCCUAACUCCGAUGCCCACUUGUCAUUCACUUCAACUGAGGAUUUGAUUCGUAUUUCUCUUAAUUUGUACAAUUUGUGUCCCGAUGGUAUCACGUUGAAAGACAGAAAGCCAUUUGGGACCAUUGCCCAAGAAAUGACCCCGAAGAUUAAUUUCAGGCUGACAAAGUCUCCGAUCGCCAAGAAUUUGAUUGAAGAUGAACUUUUCUUACAUGUAUGCUAUGAAAGAUCAGUGGAUCGCCGUUGGUGUGUAGCUAGUUGGACAGAUCAAUACGGUAGCAUUAAUUAUGUGAAGUCAUGGUGGAUCGAUCCUGAGUCUGAAUAUGAAAACUUUGCACAAGUGGCAGAUGACCUUUUUAGGGUUACUCUCAAAUACGUUGAUAAUCAUCAUGGGAAAGUUUGUGUGGUACUAGCGAGAUUAAAUAAUAUGAUUCCAGAUGAUGAGUUGAGUGAAUGGAAACGUCUUUCACUCAAAAACGAUAAGCUUGGAUUAAUUGUGUUGACGGUAGAGAUGGAGUCCUCCUCGUUGAUAUUGUCCAAUAAUGUGUCUCCAGAUUUUUUGAAGAAAAGGCUUUUGGGGCAGGCUUUAGCUCCGGCCAAUUUGCAAGGAAUGACACCCAGCUUUGGAAUGACACCAGGUGUUGGUAAUACUCCGGAUAUUUCAUCGAUGACUCCAUUGGGAGGGUAUAUUACAACCUCUGCAUCUCAUAAUGUGGCUGUUCGUCAUUCGCCGGAGACUCCAUACUACGAUUUUGGUUCGCCUUUGGAUGCCUCUCAUUACCAUCAGAAUCAGAAUCAGCAUUUACAAAGUCUCAUUGACAGAGCAAACGGAUUUGGUGGCCCACCUACCCCACUUGCCAAAUCAUCUGUUGCUGGUACCUCUAGCGUUGUUGCAGCGCCGUCGUUCCCAGCCACGACUGCAGGUUACUAUGCUAAUGUUGCCACUCCUGGAAAUGUGGGCGCGUCAAGCAUACCUAAUACCCAAGGAGCUACUGUUUCAUCAUCGCCUUUGGACCCAGUCAUCUUGGACAUUGCGCGCGAAUGCUAUGGACUAGUCUUCCAAGUAAGUCAACCGCUCUCUCAGCAGUCGAUUCGGCUUCCUCUCCGUACAGGAUUCUUAGUGAAUUCUGGCUCCGGUGCCUGCAAGAACCGAAUUCUUGAGGUGAACCUAUUAAGUCAUCAGUCAGGAAUCAACUCAUCCGAGUUAUUCAAAAAGAUACUUAUUCAGUUCAAGAAUUUAAGCGUUAGCUCCUCUUACUAUGAUGUUUUACCUGCAAAGAGAAGGUGUGGUAAUGUGGAACCAAAGGAUAAUGUUAUCGAUGAUGAGGACGAAUUGUUUGUGGAAGAUGACGCAGUAUCUAGCGUUGCACCUACAUCUGUAGAUGCCAAUCAAAGUUCUGGUUCUUCUAGUGCUGAAAAGACUGGUGAUCCGCGGAUAUCUCAACAGCAACAGCCACAAUUUCAGUCGCAACAGAAGUCUCAGCGAAAUAGUCAGCAGGCACAGAUGCAACAACAGCAGCAGUACCACCAAUACUAUCGCCAGCAGAAGAAGAAAAAGUCCAGUAGAGCCAUAAGAGAAGAAGAGGGACUAUUUGACUACGAUAAGCAGACGGUGAUUCCUCCGCAUAUCUCAUCUGUAAGGAAGAUGCUUGACUUCUUGGUGCAGAUUAAUAUGAAAUAG